UUCUAAUUAACCUACACGGCUUGUAUUUUGUAAUAGUCCUAACAAUUAUCAAUAACAAACCGGGUUACAGGUGUUCCCACCUACAGCCCUUCCGACUACUUUUACUUUGUAUUUGCGUGAUAAUUUACACCAUCAAAUUGGCCCCAUCCGUGGGACCCAUUACAAAAAGUCAUGGCCAAUAACCAGGAAACCGUGAUCUCACAAAUAUCUGCCCCCGCUGAGAACGUCACUUCAUUACCGGGAGGUAGUACCCAGCAAAUGACCCAGAUUCCUACCCCCAUCAUCACCAUUCCACAACCUAUCCCAUUCACUUCCCCCGUGAACCCUGUUCCCGUUUUUCCUUCAAAUUUCCCCGGGCCCCUGGAUCCAAUGUACACCCAGGCUCUUCAGAAUUUUGGACAUUUCAUGUCCAUGUUCCAGCAACCCGGAGGGUUUUCACCUUUCAAUCCGGGAUUGUAUCCACAAUCCACGCCUCAGACUAACGUCAUUCGCUCGACAAACCUGAUCGGGGAGAUGGAUAAAGCAGGUCCAUCCCGGUCUAGGAGAAGCUGGUCCCGUAGGUCACAGACAAAGGUGACCUCGAACGGGAAUGUGCGUUCAGUCCACAGCAAGGACGAGGAUAGGGACGUCCCCCAAGCGCUCAAAAAAUUGAAGGGAAAGGAUGUUCAACCAGAAGGAUCUAGGAGGUCGGCCUUUCAAAGGCUGGGACACGAUGGUCGAAAUCAAAAUCGGUCAGCAAAGGAACGGUUGGGGGUGGAAACCAUCCCAGCUAGUGCCUUUAAUCGUGCGGGGAGAGGAACCGGACGACCUGGUCAGACCAGGCGACCAGAACCCCCCCCCCCCCCUCGCGAUGAGCCCCAGCACAGCCGGACGCCGCGAGAGGAAGAAGCCGAAAGCCACCCCAGGCACCCGACCCGUUCUCAUGCUGAACAACCUCGGGAUCGUGUGGGUCGGGUCGAGGCACGUCUGGAGAAACUACAACGCCGGGUAGACCGGGAAGAAAAGAAGAAGAUUCUGCUGAACGAAUCUCCGUUCACAGACCGGGUUCAUGAAACACCAUUUCCAAAGAAGGCGAAACUUGAAGUCCCUAAGUUCACCGGGAAGGAGGACCCGGAGAUUCACGUCAAACCCCUCCAUCAAAGUGGGCGGAUGAUGGGUCUCUCCGGGGAUGAGAAAUGUUUGCUUUUCUUUCAAACCCUCCGCGGCCGCGCCGCCGAGUGGUUUCAUAACUUACCGGCCGGUGAAAUCGAUUCUUUCGAUGAGCUGGCUGAGGUGUUUCAAGAAAAGUUUAAGGAAAACUGUACCAAGAGGAAAAAAUUCACCUACUUGAGUACAGCCGGGCAGCGAGAACACGAGGAUCUGACAAAGUUCCUUACCCGGUGGAAGGAUGAAGUUGACAAGGUGGAGGAGAUGGACGACAAAACAGCCAUGUCCCUCCUUGUGUCCUGGCUCCGGUCCGGAGAACUAUACAAAGAAUUCUGCAGGAGGCCUCCCCAAUCCUACCAAGAGGCCUAUAACACGGCUUGGGAUUAUGCUGACGCUGAGGCACAGGUGUCAUCCAAGCGGGAGGCUGAGCAGGGCCAUUCAAAAGGAAAAAUUUCCUUGAAAGAGGAGAUCGGAUUGCCCGGUAAGGUGAAAGCUGAAAUCAUGGAGGUAAAGCCGGUCAAAACAGAGAAGAAACCAACCGGAGAGAAACAGUGGACGGAGAAGUAUUGCUCUUUUCACAAAACUGACUCCCAUAACACUGCAGAGUGCAACAGUGUGAAAGGAGUAAUAAAGCAGAUGAUCGAGGCCGGGGAGAUUGAUCCUGAAUAUCUGACUCAGGCCAAACAAAAGAAAAACCAGUGGAUCAGGCAUGAAGGACAGCCGGCCGAGCAGAACAAGAAGAAGAAAACAGCCGGUAAGGAGCACUUGCAAGUCAUCUACGGCGGACCAGAAGGGGGAGACUCUGCUUCCCAAAGGAAGAAAUGGGGGCGAGAGCUCUAUGUAGGAACGGUGGCCCUCAAUCCCCGCAGUGUUAACGUUUUGUACCUGGAAGCAUUUGAGAAGCUCAAGUUGUGUCGAACACGGCUUGAGCCCUUAAAGACUCCCCUGUCUGGGUUUACCGGGGACUCAGUUGAAGCUGCAGGGUCGAUUCUUCUAACUUGUGAGCUGGGCACAGGCGACCAGGUCGUCCAAAAGCAAAUGAGGUUUGUAGUUGUGAACAUCAAAUGUGUUCACAACGCUAUUUUGGGCCGGCCUGGGAUAAACAAGGUUCGAGGGGUCAUCUCCAUGGCCCACCUCUGUAUGAAGUUCUAUACCCCGGGCGGUAUAGGACAAGUCAGAGGGGAUCAAAAGAAGGCUCGGCAUUGCUAUCUGGAGGCAGUAAAGAAAAUGAUGAAGGCCUUUGAGAGAGUCACUUUGGUCUCUCAAGAAGAAGACCGGUCAAAGCUGGAACCGGGUGAUGAGACCGAGCAGAUCGUUCUCCGGGAAGCCUUCCCAGAAAAAAUGGUACGGAUCGGAAGAGAUCUGCCCGGAGGACUUCGAGAUGAAAUCAUCUCAGUUCUUCGGGAAUAUGCAGAUAUUUUUGCUUGGAGUGUGGCAGACAUGCCGGGCAUUGACCAUUCUGUCAUAUGCCAUCGCUUGGCUGUGAUGGAAGGGAGCCGGCCAGUGAAGCAAAAGAAAAGGCACUUGGCUAACGUCCGGAGGGACUUUGUGAAAAAAGAGUUCAAAAUAGAGUAUAAACCAAGGACUGCGAUUGAGGGUCAAGCUUUGGCAGACUUCCUCGUUGAACUGACCGGUCUGGAGCCCGAAGCCGGACCUUCCCAAACGGUCGAACCGUGGUGGGAUAUGGCCGUUGAUGGAGCCUCUGGACCGAAGGGAUGCGGCGCCGGCGUAGUCUUCACUACCCCGGAGGGAUUCAAAAUCUACCAUGCCCUGAUCUUCAACUUCAAGCUCACCAACAAUGAGGCGGAGUAUGAGGCGCUGGCCGGUGGCCUCAGGUUAGCCCGGACACUCGGAAUAAAAAGGAUGAAGAUCCGUUCCGACUCAAGUCUAGUGGUCGGACAGGUCAAUGGGGAGAUGGAAGUAAAAGAGGAUCGCCUGGCCCGGUAUAGUGAUCUGGUCCGAGCGCUUCUAAGGGAAUUAGAAGAGUUUCGUCUGACUAGAAUACCCCGGUCGGAAAACGCUGAUGCAGACAUGCUUUCAAAAUUAACGCAAGCUUGCCCAGAGCAUGUGUCAACAUUGGCGAAAAUUGAGAUACUAGACGUACCGAGUACAGACCGGUUUGAAGUCGCGGCCAUCCAACCGGGCCAAACUUCAGCGACCGGGAUAAUCGGGGCAGACGAUGACUGGAGAUACGAACUCAUGGAGUAUUUGGAGACCGGUCAGAAGCCUGAUGACGAGGAACGAGCCAGGAAGGUAGUCUUACGGGCUCCACGUUUCCAGGUAAUCGAUGGUCAUCUAUACAAACGUGCCAUUGGCGGACCACUCUUACGUUUCUUGACCAACCCGGAGGCUGAACGGGUAAUAGCUGAGGUGCACGAGGGAGUUUGUGCAGCCCAUCAAAUGUCCCGCACUUUGGCUCAAAGGAUAAUCCUACUAGGCUACUACUGGCCGACCAUUGUUGGGGAUUGUGAGAGGUAUGUCCAGAAAUGUAGGACGUGCCAGGUUUUUUACAAACAUCCCGGUAGACCGGCCACUUAUUACCAACCAACCUCUAAUGUCAUACCGUUUGCCCCAUGGGGGAUUGACAUUAUUGGAGCCUUCCCGGUUGCCCAAGGCGGAAAGAAGUUCGUGAUGGUGGCUAUUGAUUACUUCACCAAAUGGAUUGAGGCUGAGGCGAUGGCCACCAUAACCGUACGGCAGUGUGAGAAAUUCGUUUGGAAAAACAUUAUCACCCGGUUUGGUGCCCCUAAAUUCAUUAUCACUGACAACGGACCCCAGUUUCGCAAUCCCCGGUUCACUGCGUACCUUGCUAGCUUCGGGGUCAAGCACAGCAAGGCCUCGGUAGCAUAUCCGCAGGGAAAUGGCCAAGUCGAAAACGCCAACCGGACAAUUGUGGACGGUCUAAAAAAGAGGGUGACUUCAAGAAGAGCAACUGGAGAGACUCCUUUCGUGCUAACUUACGGAUGCGAAGCCCGGUUACCAGUGGAAGCAGAAAUACCAACGUUUAGAGAAACUGUCUACCAGCCCGGUCUGAAUGAGAUCGACCACUUGGCUGAACAGAACCUGGUGGGAGAACGAAGAACCAUAGCUGCUGUCAAGAUGGCCGGUUAUCAGCAGUCAAUAAAACGGUAUCAUGACAACCGGGUAGGGCCGCAGUACUUCCAAGUACAUGACGAAGUCUUACGUAGAAGGGAUGCUAGUAAGCCUAAUGAGAGGGGCAAGCUGGUACGAAACUGGGAAGGGCCCUAUCGCAUAAAAGCAAUUGUCAGACCGGGCACUUACCAGUUGGAGACUAUGGAAGGCGGCCGGGUCGAGCGACAUUGGAACUCUCACCACUUGCGUAAAUUUUAUAGAUAAAGUGCAAUGAGCUCCCGGUCAAUAAUAAACUGUUCUUUCCAGAAAAGAUUGUUCUCAUACAACCGGUUAUUGGUUACGCACUAAUCUACCCGGUUAGAUUUCCAAUCGAAUUGGACACGCUAAAAAAAAAAAAAAGAGACCGGUC